AUACGAUAAUUAUACUUUUUCUGUAUCUGUGGCAUAUAUUGAUAUGUCAAUAAUUGAAGUUUCUUUUCUGCUGUGAUCAUAGCAGAAAGUUAUAUUGCGCGUCGUUGUCGGCGAUUCGCUCGCCAUUAUCUAAUUCUGAAAGAGAGGACGAGAAUGCGUUCGCGCCACGGUCGAGCAGACUGAGCGGCAUGUAUGAGAGCACGUGCGGAGCGGCGGCCAGCGGUCAGUGCGGCGCGGCGCAGCACGACGGCGAUGGGGCCGUCGCGGCGACCGCCCGCCCCGAGCCCGCCGCGCGCGACUAUAGCGGCUUCGACAUCGUGAAGGCCACGCAGUAUGGUGCCUUCGACCGCGUGCGCGAGCUCGUGGAGGCCGGCUGGGACGUGAACCAGCCGGACCAUGAGACGGUGACGCUGCUUCACUGGGCGGCGAUCAACAACAGGCGCGAGAUCUGCCAGUACCUGCUGACGCGCGGUGCACACGUAGACGCGGUUGGCGGCGAGCUGCGCUCUACGCCAUUGCACUGGGCGGCGCGCCAGGGGCACCUGGAGGCGGCCGUCAUCCUGGUGCGGGCGGGCGCGGACCUGACGUGCCGCGACGCGGAAGGUUGCGCGUCGCUCCACCUGGCGGCUCAGUUCGGGCACACGGCGGUGGCGGCGUACCUGGUGGCGGCGGGAGGUGCGGGCGCGGCCGACGCUGGGGACGCGGGCGGCAUGACGCCGCUGAUGUGGGCGGCCUGGCGUGUGGCAGCCGUGGAUCCGGCGCGGCUUCUGCUGUCCCUGGGCGCGUCACCGCGCCCGGCCGACCAGGCGCACGGCAACACUGCACUGCACUGGGCCAUUUUGGCCCGCAACUCUACUGCUGUGUCCACACUUGUGCUUUAUGGCAACGCGCCGCUGGACGUGCCGAACCUUCGCGGCGCCACGCCGCUGGCGAUGCUGCAGGCCGCCGCCGGCAGCGGCCGGGACUCCUGGAUCGGCAGCAAGGUGCUAGAGAAGGUGCGCGAGCACGAGCUCAAGCACUCCAGGCCGCAUCUGCUGCGGCGGCUACUGUAUGACAAGAAGCUGCGUUGGUGGGUGGUGGUGUUGGCGCCGUUCGUCGCCUUCUACCUCUCGGGGUUGGUGUUGGAGUCCCGCGCGCGCUACGCGGUGAAAGCGCUUCUGCUGCUGGCGCUGUCGGCGGCGCUGCACGCGCUGGGCUCGGCGCUGCUCGACGACGACUUGAAGAACAUCUUCCCGCUCAGCGUGUACCUGGCUACUAAGGCGUGGUUCUACAUCACGUGGGCCGUGUUCCUGGUGGGUGCGGCGGGCUGGCGCGCGACGCUCCUGUUCCUGCUGUGCUCGGCCGCGCUGUGGCACUUCUUCCUCAAGUCCUGGCGCUCCGACCCCGGCGUCAUCCGCGCCUCCACGCGGGACAAGUUCCGGACGAUAAUCGAGCUGUCGGAGGACAGUUCAGGCGGCGCCGGCGCCGGCUUCGACCCGGCGUCCUUCUGCUCGGCGUGCCUGGUGCGCCGCCCACUGCGCUCCAAGCACUGCUCCGUGUGCAACCGCUGCGUGGCCCGCUUCGACCACCACUGCCCGUGGGUCGGCAACUGCAUUGGAGCCAACAAUCACCAGCACUUCAUCGGUUUCCUCGUGAGUCUGAUCGUGAUGUGCGGCUGGAUGUUGUGGGGCGGCGCGCAGUACUACCGCGCCGAGUGUCCGGCACAGGCGGCCGACAGCGGCCUGGAGACGCUGGUGCGGUGGGCGCAGUGCAACGCCUGGCUCAUGUGGGUGCUGGUGCAUGCCGCCUUCCACAUGUUCUGGGUCACGGUGCUCACGUGCUGCCAGAUGUACCUGGUGGUGUGCCUCGGCAUGACGACGAACGAGCAGCUGAACCGCGGCCGCUACCGGCACUUCGCGGCCCACGGCGGGCGCUCGCCCUUCUCGCGCGGGCCGCUGCUCAACUGCGUGGACUUCUUCAACCUGCGCCUCUGCGGCCUCGUCACGCCGCGCCGCGCCGACGCCGCCGCCGACGCCGACGCCGACGCCGACGCCGACGCCGACUCGGCGCCCAUGCUGCAGCACGUGGUGUGAGGCACGGCGCGCGCUGCCGACGGCGAGCCCGUGUAGCCGCCCCCGCCGCCGCGUCCACGUCCGCCUCCACCCGCCGCUGCGUUUCUAAGUUUUAUGUGCGAGGAUAUACGCGACAGAUUUUAACACAAGUCAUAUUUGCUGAGUGUAGUGCGGCAAACGAAUUUGUCAGUAGAUACAGACGGCGAAUAUGAAAAAUGCACGCAGAACGGUCGAUCUGCUGCAAAAAAUUUGAAUUUUACACCUUAUUCUAUUGACAAAUUGUUUUGGUAGGCUAUAAAAUACGAGCGUUCCGCCAGAUUGUCGCUUACGAAAGGAACUAUUGAUUAUUCUAAAAAUGCUCCGAAGUUGGGUUUUGACACAUAAUACGUAUGUACAAUAUAAUUUAUAAUAUAUGUAUGUGUAAUGUUCACUCUCUAACAGAACCGAUGUUCCACAGAUAUUUUCGCUCUCUAAACUAUAAGUACCUCAAUUAUGUACCACUGGUUUUGGUUCAAUUUUACUUGUUAAAUUUUCAAAUCAAACCAUGGACUAUCGUGAAAUCAAAAAUCUGCCUCCUAGCAUUUUUAAAAAUAUAAAAUAAUUUUCAUAUGCGACAUUGGUGAGAUGCUAACUAGGGUCUCUAUUGUUUGACAUAAUUAUUGAAAGUCAUAAUGUAAUGAUUGUCAUAUUAUCAUUAGUCAUAAUUUGGUUUUUCUCAAAAACGCGUAACUUUUCAGGAUUGCCGAGGAAAAUCCUGAAAAGUUAACGGUUUCAGAAUUAUGACUAAUGAUAAUAUGACAAUCAUUACAUUAUGACUUUCAAUAAUUACAUCAAACAAAGGGACCCCUGCUGGGUAGCUUAAGAUUGGCCUAUUUAAAAUAAAAACAAUACUUGUUUGCAAAUACAUAUAUACAUGUAGAAUGUAUAUUUAUGUAAAUAAUGUUGUCUGUCAGACGUUCUCUUUCUGGGCCGGUAAGUGAAAAUAACAAAUCAUCAGUGGACCAGUGGUGGUGCGUUGAAUAUAUCAGUAGGACAAAGCAAAGCUUUUUUCUUUCUCUGAGCUUUAUAGUAAUCCGGCAAUAGAAUAUAGUACCAAAGCCAGUGUGAAUUGAGUUCUGUGAACGCCCCGCCACUGCAAAAUAGGUACGGCCUCGAAAUAGUUCGCUACUAAAAAUACUAUAAUGUAUCUAAAUUACACUUACAAUUAAAAUAAAAUUGUAUCUGCCUCUUAGUUAAAAUCUGUCAAAAACCUCCAACGUACAAUCUAGUUCGAAACACCUAGUAUACAAAAUGUAACCCUCGAUGUUACUUUCUUACUACAGUUGAGUGAAACUUAUAAAUGUAGCGUCGCUCGUAGUCAGGUGUCCGGGGCGCGCGUCGCCGUCAGCAGUGCGCCGGUCUAGUCCGGUCCGGUUACGAUGCGAUCCGUACCGGUCCCGACGCCGUCCGUACCGGUUCCGACACGGUCCGGUCCGGACUACACGCGCGCGAUUCCCGCUCGCGUACCCACAUCGAUCUCCGCAAAUGGACUAUAUUUUUUGUAGUACAACUUAGGUUAUGUACACGUGUAUUGUGUACGCCGCUAUUCUAAACUAUAUUAUUAUAGUAAUGUUUACCAAAAAUGUUCGUCGCUUCGCGCGGUCGCGCUGACCUUGUAAUUUUUAUAAUUAUUGAACAAUAUGGAAUUAAUGUUUAAUAGGUUUUAUUAAAGUUAUUCCGAGCGAACAAAUUGUAAUUAUGUAGGUAUGUUAUUGUGUGUGAGGCUUGGGCGAGUGUGUGUAACGCCCGAUCGAAAAUCAAUCUUGACAGCUGUCAAAUUCCUACGGUACGUUUUG